UUUCUCAACACUUGUAUAUCAUGGAUCGAACACCCCAUGUAGCUCUUCUACCAAGUCCAGGUAUGGGCCAUCUCAUCCCUUCCAUUGAAUUUGCCAAGCAACUCGUCCACCACCACCACUUCUCCGCCACCAUCCUCAUCCCCUCCGCCGCACCACCCACCACAGCCCAAAAAACAGUCCUCCAAAAACUCCCCAAAACCAUCCACCACAUCUUCCUCCCACCUGUUCAAUUACCUGAUGACCCCCUCAGUGUUACUUCCCAAAUCUCCCUCACAGUCACUCUCUCUCUUCCCUCUAUUAAACACACUUUAGCUUCAUUAUCCACGAGUACCCGGUUGGUUUCUCUCAUCGUCGAUCCAUUCGGCAUCGACGCCGUCGAUGUAGCCAAGGAGUUCGGCGUCUUGCCGUACUUGUUCUUCCCUUCAUCAGCCAUGUCAUUGCUGUUUUGCCUUCAUUUGCCGAAGAUCGAUGAGACGGUUACGGGCGAGUACAGAGACCUACCUGAACCGAUACAAUUACCUGGUUGUGUACCAGUUCACGGUACAGAUCUCCCAAACCCGGUUCAAGACCGGUCAAACAAAGCAUACAAGGGACUCAUUGAGAGUUUAAAGCGAUAUGGUUUAGCCGAGGGCAUAAUUGUGAAUACCUUCGUGGACAUGGAAGAUGGAGCUAUAAAAGCUUUGUUGGUGGACGAGCCGGGCAAGCCGCCAGUUUAUCCGGUCGGACCGCUUAUCCGAACCGGUUCAAGCGUUGGAUUAGAACGGUCCGAGUGUUUGAAAUGGUUAGAUGAUCAGCCAAGUGGGUCAGUAGUGUUUGUAUCAUUCGGAAGUGUUGGGACUCUCUCUCAUGACCAACUCAAUGAGUUAGCAUUGGGUUUGGAACUGAGUGGCCAAAGAUUUUUGUGGGUUGUGAGAAACCCUAGUGACAAUGCUAGUGCUGCAUUUUUCAAUGCACAUAACCAAAAUGACCCUUUUAGCUUCUUGCCAGAAGGGUUCUUGGAGAGGACACAAGGCCGAGGCCUAGUGGUGCCGUCGUGGGCACCGCAAACGGAGGUGUUAAGCCACCGUGCCACAGGUGGAUUUUUGACCCAUUGCGGAUGGAACUCGACUCUGGAGAGCACUGUCCACGGUGUGCCUCUAAUCGCUUGGCCACUCUUUGCAGAGCAAAAGAUGAACGCGGUGAUGCUAACAGAGGGUUUGAAGGUAGCAUUGAGACCAAAAAGUCAUGAAUCAGGGUUGGUGGGACGGGAAGAGAUUGCAGAAGUUGUGAAAAGUCUUAUGGAAGGAGAAGAUGGGAAGGAAGUUCGCCGGAGAAUGAGGGGACUCAAGGAUGCUGCUGCGAAGGUCUUGAGUGAUGAAGGAUCUUCUGCAAAAUCACUAUCUGAUUUGGCUUUCAAGUUGAAAAAUCAAUUGAAAAUUUGACUUCAAAUCAAUUAUUUUAUUUAUUUAUAUAUUUAUUUUUUAAAGCUCGGCUCAUUUUAUUUUGUUCUAUUCUGUUUUUCUUAUUUGUCUUAAUUUUCAGCUUUUUAAUCUGUUGGCAAUCCCAUAUGAUUUGUAUUAUGUAAUAUAGUUGGUGUUGGAAAAGUUACCAUGUUGAGUGGGUCACCUUAGAAGGAAUUAGGAGUUUCUUUUUUCCCGUCUGGAUUUUGGAAGUUUUAUAUUGUUAAUUAUGAGUUUCGUUUUAAUAAUUUAAAUUAUUUAUUUUGUUUGAUGUUU